AUGUGGUACGCGAAGAAAGUGUUAGUGACAAACCCUGGUAGCGUUGCUAUCAUAGAGAAUGACAGCCCUCGUUUCAAGCGUGCGUUUUUUGCCUUCAAAGCAUGUGUCAUUGAUUUCAAGAUAGGAUGUAGGCCAUUGUUGUACCUAGAUGGAACUCACUUGCUCGGUAAAUACGGGGGCACUUUGUUAGGUGCAACGGGAAAAGAUGGGAACGAUGGUUUCUUUCAUGUGGCAUUUGCAAUCGUAGAUAAUGAAACGGAUGCAAACUGGACGUGGUUCUUGUCAAAGCUUGGAGAUACUAUAUACGAUGAUGACGAAUAUGUGAAACUUAUUAUGUUUAUAUCUGAUAGGUCCAAGGGCCUAAUCAAUGCUGUCGCGAAGGUAUUACCUUCCUCACCGCAUGCAUAUUUUUUGCGGCACUUGGAAGCAAACUUCAUGAAAGCAAAUGUCAGACUUGGCAAGUCAAUGAAAGAAAGGUGUUGCUCUAUAUUAUCGAGAAUUGUGUUUUCAUGUGCUGAAAAAGAAUUCGAUGACGCUGUUGCCGAUCUAUUAAACAUAUCGGCGGAUGCACAUCAAUGGUUGAUGCAGAAUUCCGAUCUGGCGCACUGGGCGAACUACAUGUUCAAAGGUGAGAGAUGGAGGGAGAUGUUUAAGCUGAUGGGCAUGUUAUGUUAUCGACGUGAACAAUCUCACAGAUGGGAGAGACGUCUAUGUCCUGUUAUACAUCGAAAGAUUGAGGAACUUGUUGAAGAGUCUCGCAACCUACUGGUCGGCCAUUCCGACGGUGACCAUUUUGAAGUGACAGACACAAAUAUUCAUCGAUAUGUCGAUGACUACUUCACAGUGGACUCUUACCGACAAGCAUAUGCAAAAGCUAUAUUCCCAGUACCAGAUAAUGACAAACCAGAUGAUAUCAACCGCGAACUACUUGUGCGUCCUCCAAUCACCAAGAAGCCAGUUGGUCGGCCAAGACGGAAGCGUCUAGAGUCACAAGCAUCAAUCGUUCACGAAUUAUGA